AUGGCGCUUCUCAGGGCGCCGCUCGCAUUGCGCCCUGGGACGCUGAUGCCCUCGAUAAAGUCGGGCAUUCAGCGCACCGCCGCCGCCGCUUCGACCUCCAUCCGCACUGCGCCAUUCUCCUCUUCAUCACAUCGACCCGCAGGUCAAGGCUUCGUCAUGCCCGACGACUACCUUGAUAGGGCAGAAGCGGACAACGUCUCUGUCGGCCAACUUCGGCGCACACUCGUCAGCGAAAAGGACGUCCUUAUCACCGGCCUUCCUACAACUGCCACUCCACUGGACAUUCGCGCACUCGCCCGCGAGACCAAGACGUUCAACGACGUAGGCCGCAUCGAGUUCAUGUACACCAGAUCCUUUCAGCCCACCGGCAAAGCGCUCGUCUCUUUCUCUGCGACCAUGCGCGCUCGCAUGUUCGAGGAAGAUGCACACGGCCGCAUCGUCGGCGGUAAGAUGAUCAAGGCCAAUCUCCGCUCGGUCAAGCAACGUAAGGACUUCUUGCUCAAAGCGUACGGCAACUGGCCCGCAGACUAUCAGAUCCCCUUCGAUCUCAUCGAGUACGAUACCGGAAAGCUCGUCCUCUUGCGUGGCAUCCCGCAAGACACUUUCGAGGCCCGUCUGGAGGAGCGUCUCGCCCCCCGCUACGACCUCAAGCCACAGGACCGAUGGCGUGCAAAGAGGAUAUCCUAUGCCGGAUACCUGCACGACUCCAAAGGCUACGGUGGUAGCCACGACGCUGUCCUCGGUGGUGUGCUCAAGCUUCCCAAGUCACACCCGGAUGCUACUACCGCCAAUUUCAUCGUGCGCUGUGAGACCCAGUCAGAAGCCAUGCGUCUAGUCAGGAGGUGGCACAACACCUACUUUGCUCCUCGAACCUUCGACAUCCAGGACACUGGUGGACGGUACCGGGUCGCUGCUUCCGUUCUCUACUAA